UCUCCCUCCUUUUCCUCUCCUUAUCCGGGAAGGUUAUCAGUAGUUUCUCUCCUCUCUAAAAUUUUCUCUCUCUAACCCUGUCUCUCUCAUCUGAUUUUCUUCGAAGGUUACCAGCAAUCUCUCUCUAAAACCCUCUCCCGCCUGCGGUUUCAUUGAAAGUACCGUUAGGUUUCGCUGUGUUUGAAUUAUCUUCCUCCAAUUCGCUUCUAUAUAUAGUCGUGUUUGGCGUCGAAUCGAGUCACCGGAAGAGAAAGGUGUGUGGACGUUGCAUGACGACCGCUUCGGAACUGUUCUACAAUCGGAGGUCUCGUUUGGGCCGAAACACCAUUGAAUUAGGGCUCGAUUCUUCUCUCGAUCGAAGUAUUCAUCACAAUCAAAGCAAUCGUCGCAAUCAUCACAACAACAACAACAACAACAACAAGAGCAGCAACAACAAUAGCAGCCGUCGAGAUCGUCACGAUCCGGACGGAUGUGAUCCUCUCCGUCGAUCUCCCCAUAUCAGGCUUCCAUCUCAUCGCCCUUCUCAUCCGGAACGAGAAUCAGUUCGACUUGACCAAGGUGGAAGCCAAUCUGCUAUAUUCAACCAUCUCAACUCAGCAAAUGUUAGCAGCAUACACGAUAGGGCGAGAGUCAGGGGGAAUGACAGGCUUCCGGGAGCUGUAGUACUUGCAAGGGAAAGGCUUCUUGAAAGGUUGAGAGGUCCAUCAUCUAGAAACAGUAGGCGAAGCUACAGGGCUUCAUCGGGCAUCAAUCAUGACGACUUCACUCAUGGCGACAACUUUACACUCAUUGAUGCAGGGGACUGGGAGACUGAGACUUCCCCUCAGUGGGCAGCUAGAGUCGCUGCAUUUACCGACCAGUUGUUAGUUCCAAGUGAAGCAAUCAAGCGACCACCCGGACUCAGUAAGGAGGCCCUGGACUGUUUGCAACUGGAAAAUUUCAGCAAUACUGAUAAUAACGAUGAAAUUGGGAUAUCAAGGGCAUCAGAGGACUGCAGUAUAUGUCUGGAGAGUUUCCUGGAGGGAGAGGAGCUGAUAUGCUUGCCGUGCAAACAUAGAUUCCACUCAUGCUGCUUGGAUCCAUGGGUUCGCGCUUGUGGUGACUGCCCGAACUGUCGAACAGGUAUAGUUGUAAACAGUUAUAAAGAGUUGGAAAAAAGAUGAAACUUCCCGGUGGUAAAAUAUUUUUUGAGUUCGGUUUUUCUUGCAUGGUGCAAAGUUUUGGGACUUGAAUCAAUGGGACAGAGAUACUUUUUAAUUUAAAAGCUUGUAAUUGUUACUUCAGUUUGAGGUGUUCUGGUUUACCUCAGUUUAAAAUUAGAAUAACUCGAUGUAUAUGUGUACAGAGCAUGCUUAUAUGAGAGCUGUUGCUUACAAAUUUCUGCAA